GUGUCAGACUCUAUUUUCACCUGGAUGAGCAGAAGGAAGGAAAGUGAGCAGAACCUGGGGCAGCCGCUGGUGCGAGACUGAACUGCGAUGUGUGAUGAUGCAAACACACACACACACACAAACUAACCAACUUCAAGAUUAACAUCAGCCAGCAACGGCUAAUAAAAGUCAUUGUGCGAACAUAUCCUCCACAUAUUCAGCCCAAACUGCCCCUGCCCCCUCACCGUCUAACAUAAUGCAUAUGUUUAGAGUUCAGUUAUCUCCACAGACACACACACACAGACAAACAUAGAUUUAAAAUCUUAACACUUUAAACUUUAACAGAAACAGGGAUCACAAGUUAUCAGGACACGGACAGGACUGACGUUCACUUUGUGUUGGUUUGAUUCUCUACAGUUUAUGAGACACACGUUUAAACUGCGUCACAAACCGGGACGUGACUCAAACACACACACACACACACACAGAGUCACGUGCUUUCCAGUAAAAGCAGGGAGGAGGAGCAGCCAGUGAGUUCAGACUUUGAUUUAACUGUAAAACAGAGGGAAGAAACGUGAAGUCUGAGGCUGGUGAGUGUUCAGCAACAUGUAGUCAGUUUUCUACACGUGGACUUUAGAAAGAAGAAGAUUCAGGAGGGACUUCCGUCAGUCAAUCAACAGUUUGACUCAACACUGUGAUCGGCUGAGUCCAACACAUUAAACCUACAACUGUCUCAGACUGAAGAUGAGUGGUUAUGAGGAGGAAGUGGAGAACAGAGCAGAGUCUCCAGGGUUCAGCUUUGUGUCUCUGAAGAGUGACCAGUCCAAAGGAGAACCUCUUAACCUCAGUAAUGAACCUGGACCCUCACAUGCAAAAGGUCAGGACCACAGACUGAGAGCAGAGUCUCCAGGGUCCAGCUGUCUGUCUCUGAAGAGUGACCGGUCAAUGACUCUUCCUCCAAACUUCAGUAAUGAACCUGGACCCUCACACACAGAGGAGAGGAAGAGGAGUCAUGUUUUUGAGGAGGAGCAGUCGUCCUGCUGUGCUUCGUGUCAGGACGUCCUGAAGGAUCCAGUCUCCACCAGCUGUGGACACUGGUUCUACCAACAGUGCAUCACCUCACACUGGGACCAGUCUGGUUCUUCAGGAGACUCCUCCUGUCCCCAGUGUGAACAUGUGACUGAAGGAAUUGAUGAAACAGGAAGUAGAACCCUCCUCAACAGGAUCUUCACUGAGCUCUAUAUCACAGAGGGACAGAGUGAAGAGGUUAAUACUCAACAUGAGGUGAGGCAGCUUGAGACAGCUUCCAGGAGGAAGAGCCUCCACGACACUCCCAUCAAGUGCCACGACAUCUUUAAAGCCUCCACUGACCAGCAGAGCAGCAUCAGAGUCGUCCUGACCUACGGUGUCGCUGGAGUGGGAAAAACCUUCUCGGUGCAGAAGUUCACUCUGGACUGGGCAGAGGGUUUAGAAAACCAGGAUGUGGGUCUGCUGACUGUGCUUUCGUUCAGGGAGCUGAACCUGGUGAAGGACCAGCAGCACAGUCUCCUCACGCUGCUCCGUGUUUUCCAUCCAGCGUUACAGAAGCUCACGGCAGAGACGCUCGCUGUCUGUAAACCUUUGUUCAUCUUUGACGGCCUGGAUGAAAGCAGACUUUCUCUGGACUUCAACCACAGGGAGCUUGUGUCUGAGGUCACACAGAGGUCAUCAGUCAACGUGCUGCUGACAAACCUCAUCCGGGGGAAUCUGCUUCCCUCGGCUCUCGUCUGGAUAACCUCCAGACCUGCGGCGGCUAAUCAGAUCCCUCCUGCAUGUGUUGACAGGGUCACAGAAGUACGAGGCUUCACUGAGGUCCAGAAGGAGGAGUACUUCACGAGGAGAUUCAGUGAUGAAGAGCUGUGCAGCAGAAUCAUCUCACACAUCAAGACGUCCAGGAGCCUCCACAUCAUGUGUCAAAUCCCAGUCAUCUGCUGGAUCAGUGCCACAGUUCUGGAGCACAUGUUGACCACAAACCAGAGAGGAGAGCUGCCCAAGACCCUGACUGAACUGUACUCACACUUCCUGCUGGUUCAGACAAAGAGGAAGAACAACAAGUACGGUGAGGGACAUGAGACGACUCCACAGCAGCUGAGGGAGGCUGACAGGGACGUUCUUCUGAAGCUGGGGAGGCUGGCACUUAAACAUCUGGAGGAAGGAAACAUCAUGUUCUACCAAGAAGACCUGGAGUGCUGUGGUCUUAAUGUCAGACAGGCCUUGGUGUACUCUGGAGUUUGUACUGAGAUCUUUAGAGGAGAGUGUGUGAUCUUCCAGAAAUCAGUCUACAGGUUUGUUCAUCUGAGCGUUCAGGAGUUUCUGGCUGCAGUCUACAUGUUCCACUGUUACACGAAGAGGAACACAGAAGAACUCAACAACUUCUUGGGAACAUAUAGGUACACAGACAGUGCCUUCUCCCUGGAUGACCUCCUGAAGAGAACCAUGGAGAAAUCCCUCACCAGUACAAAUGGUCAUCUGGACCUGUUUGUUCGCUUCCUUCACGGCCUCAGUCUGGAGUCCAACCAGAGAGUCUUAGGAGGCCUGCUGGGUCGGACAGGGAACAAUCCAAAGAUCAUCAAGAGAGUCUUAGAAGGCCUGCUGGGUCCGACAACGAACAAUCCAGAAAUCAUCCAGAGAGUCAUCAACAACCUGAAGGAGAUGAAGAGUGAUGACAUUUCUCCUGACAGAAGCAUCAACAUCUUCCACUGUCUGACUGAGAUGAACGACCACUCAGUUCAUCAGCAGAUGCAACAGUUCCUGACGUCAGAGAACAGAUCGAAGGAGAAACUCUCUGAUAUCCACUGCUCAGCUCUGGCCUACAUGCUGCAGAUGUCAGAGGAGGUUCUGGAUGAGUUGGACCUGGAGAAGUUCAACACAUCAGAACAGGGUCGAUGGAGACUGAUCCCAGCUGUGAGGAACUGCAGGAAGGCUCGACUUGAUGGUUGUCUACUCUCAGAGAUUUACUGUGAAGUCGUGGCCUCAGCUCUGAAGUCAGACCCUUCACAUCUGACAGAACUGGAUCUGAGUGUAAAUCCCUGCUGGAUUCAGGAGUGAAGCUGCUGUGUUCUGGACUGGAGAGUCCAAACUGUCAACUGGAGAC